CUGGUUGCGGUUAAGGAACUUGCUGGUGCGCAUGCGCACAGAGGACGCCAUCGUAGGCCGCUUUUUAUUGGAUCUUUCGGGCCAAUCAGCUCUUAUGAUCAUACCAGAGGCCUCUGAGUCAGAUUGCUAUAAGAUGGCGACCGCGGAACCGGAAACCACUUUAAGUUCCCAAAAUUCUGACGAGGAGAAGCAGCCCGAAGCAGCCAGCCAGGAAGUUGUGUGUCCGGAAGACUACGUCAAACACCCACUACAGAACAGAUGGGCACUUUGGUUCUUCAAAAACGACAAAAGCAAAACUUGGCAGGCCAAUCUGCGGCUCAUCUCCAAGUUCGACACUGUUGAGGAUUUCUGGGCUCUCUACAAUCACAUUCAGCUGUCAAGCAACUUGAUGUCGGGUUGUGACUACUGCCUUUUCAAGGACGGAAUUGAGCCAAUGUGGGAGGACGAGCGAAACAAGCAGGGAGGUCGCUGGCUGAUCACCCUUUCGAAGCAGCAGCGGAGGGCCGACCUCGAUCGCUUCUGGCUCGAGACCCUCCUGUGCCUUGUAGGCGAAGCCUUUGACGAUCAUAGCGACGAUGUAUGUGGCGCUGUCGUCAACAUCCGAGCAAAAGGGGACAAAAUAUCGAUAUGGACGACUAACUAUGAAAACAAAGAUGCCGUAACGCACAUAGGAAGAGUGUACAAGGAGAGAUUGGGGGUCCCAUCGAAGAUAAUCAUCGGAUACCAGUCUCACGCAGACACAGCCACAAAAAGCGGUUCUACCACCAAGAACAAGUUUGUUGUGUAGGGAGGCCAUCAGAGCCUGUGAAACACAGCACCUUCUCAAUUUAAGUUCUUUUUAUUUUAUUAUUAUUAUUAUUGUUAUUUUUUUUACUCAUUUAACGUUCCAAAAUAGCGUCGAACAAUCCAUGCCCAGGUUAAAGCCAAAGUCCCUUCGUGGAGGAUCAGGCUGCUCGGAGUUGGAAGCCCUCUUCUGAGUUCACACCCGGUCUUCCGUAGCCUGUCUCCGCUCCUCUGGACAAUGUCGCAGGAACAAAGAUGGACUUUGGGAAAACAAAGGAUGACCUCAUUUCACGGCUGGCUGUCUCUUUAGGCGACUUUAAAUUCCGGGGGAAAGAGAGAACCUGAAAAAGUAGUUUGUGUUAAAGUACGAAAUUUAAGAACCGUGCUCACUUUAAAAUCGUAUUGAUCCAUUUAGUGGCGGAUGAUUUUCACUCUUUGUGAAGCUUUUCUAAUUAGCCAACGCUUUUCACGGUUUACCGCCAAGGUUUUCUGCGGUAAUCCUCUGGUUCACUGUAAUUUAUUUUAUGUAGCUGUUCUGACAGUGUUGAGACUUUAUUUCCUUAACUUUGAAGGUUAAAAUGGCUGGUUUAUUGUAUAUGUAUCUUAGAGGGCUUUGGAAUUAAUAGUUGGUGUGAUUUAUUUCCUCUUAAAAUAUUAUUUUGGUUAUAAGGAAAAGGUUGUUACUGCAGCUGUAUAUCAUUUUUUUAUUUUUUUUUUAGACUUUAUUACAUUCCUUGUCUCACACAGUUGCACGUAUCACCAAAAGGCUUGUUUUAAGCAUUUCUGUUUGUGUUCAUUAAAAUGUGUUCAGUUAAAUUUCACUCAUUAAGGCAGUGUAAAAAAAACUGUAAAUAAAUGUGUACAGUUAAUUGUC